AUGCCAUUAAAACGAUUUGCCCCAUGCAGUUUUUUCCUAUUGGUUGCCACGGCACUCGAGUGUGUCGUGGUGUGCUCGGGACGGCUGACUGGGUUUACUGGCGAGAUGCCGCGGUUGCGUGGACUUUCCCCCGGUGCCACCUUUGCCAUGGAGGAGGCAUUCUUCACCAACACGAUCCCGUUGCUUCGCCCACAGCUGAAUGAGUUCCUGAAGCACGUCGCCAUUCCGGCGCAGCACACGGACAAGUUUGACAUUGACGAGAUCCACUUUAGCAAGUUGGGAAUUGGUGACGCUGCCAUAAGCAUGGUGAGCCCCGACCAGCUGCUUAUGUCAAUACAGAACGUCAGUGCGAUUGUGCCUGACACCAAUUUUGUCAUCAAGGUGGGAUUUGCCACGUGCAACGGCAGGGUGCGGGUCUCCAUCGACAACACCAAUGCAUCACUGCCAGCCAGUGUAUUCCGCAUGUCGAAUGGCACGCUGCAGUGGAGCAUCGGGGAGAACGCUAUCCAAUGGGGACCGCUGAACAUCACACACUCGCUCGAUGGUGCUGCGUGCAAGGCGAUUGAGACGAUUGUCGAGGUGCUCCUGGGUAACCUUGACAGCAUCAUCAGGGCAUCUCUGGAGAAGGAGCUUCCAAAACGGGUUGGCCCAAUCGUUGAGGAGAAGGUGAAUGAGAUAUUCACCACACUGCCGCUCAUCUUCACGAGCGACCCGAGCAUCAUGGCAAAGCGUAUGGAGCUCGAGAUGGAUGUUGUACCGGAUCCAAGUGAGAACCGCACCCGUACGCCACUGAAGCCUGCUUCAUUGGGGCUUCAGGUUAGUGACAGAAACUUUGAAAGUGUUGUUCUUCCUGUCGCUAUAAAUAACCUUCUCACCUAUCUCUGUCAGAUGGGUAAACUGAAUGUAACAGAGACACUCCCAGCUGAGUAUAAUUCUUCCCUGAUUGAGCCUAUGUAUCCUGAUACAUACAAAAUGUGCCGAGAUUGUCCGUUUGCGGUUUCUGCUCAUGCGACAGUGCCUCCGUCGGUAGAACUGCGGAGCGAUCAAACUGCCAUUCUCCACUUGCCAAAUGGCUUUAUUAGUUUGGAAAUGUUGUCCACCACGGGUAUCAGAGUUCCAGUGCUGGAUGUCGCGGUCAAUGUGACGGCUGGCGCGACGCAUAUUGGAUUCACUCCAAAGGCUCGCCUGGACUUCAACCUGACUAAAGUGGAUUUGAAGAUUGAUGUAGUGGCAUCAAAUAUUGGUACGAUAGACGUGUUCCAAUUAAACUCCGACCUGCUUUGGUUGCUAAACGAGGUGAUGGUGCCACUGUUUAACGUCCAGUUUGAAGGUAUCGCGCUCCCAGCUGUGGUUUCUAGGCCCUUACUCAACAUAACGACUGAAAAUGUCACCUUGGGGUUUGAUGUCAAGUGUUGUUAUCAGUGA